UCACAGCCAAUCACGCCUCAGUUCCUGAGCGCUGUUCGGCAGCACGGCACAGCCCCAGCCUCCGACCCAUGAUUCAAGGGCGUUCGACGGUUUUGCUGCGUAAGAUAGACGAAGAUGUGAGUUACGAUACGACCUCGCACACCCCUAAGGCCCGCGUAUCGUGCCCACGCACGCCGGUUACCCUACCACUCGCGGGAGCGCGAGCGAUGACGUAAGGAGCAUGCCCGCGCAGCGAUGAUGGCGGUGCGUGAACGCGCAGCAGCAGCAAUGGCUGCUUUGGAUCGUUGGGUCCCGAGUCUCGAGGACUUCGUGGGCCAGAGCUGGAGCUCCUGGGUGGAAAGAGUGAACGCGUUCGUUUCGGAAGGGUCUGAUGGGGAAGAGUGUGGCAAGAAUGGGAAGAAGAGGGCGGAGACGAUGACGUUGAGGAGAGAAGACAUGUCCAUGUUUGGGCACUGCCCUGCGCAGGAUGACUUCUACCUGGUGGUCUGUAGCCACUGCGGUCAGGUGGUCAAGCCCCAAGCGUUCGAGCGUCACUGCGAGCGGCGGCACGGCUCACUCGGCAAGGCCCACGGACGCCCCCCUGUGGCGGCCGCCGCCGCUGCCCCACCCCGCUCGCGACACGCACCCCCUCCUUACAGGCCGCCCAAGCCACAGAGGGACAGCGCCCGCCUUUCACCUCCCAAUAAGGCCUGCCACACUGCCGCCACCCCCACCGCAGGGGGCUCCUCUUCCAGGCAUCCCCCAUCAUCUGGCUCCCCCCCACGCUCUCCGGGCCCCAGCCUCAAGGACCCCCCAUGGCCCCAAGGGGGUGCCGUCUCUCUGCCCGGUGGGACCUCUCCAUCAGAGAAGCCCCAGCAACGCAGAGGGGAGCCGGGCCGUACGCCUGGCGGGUCCAGGACCUACAGGAGGAUCAGGAAGGAGUGUGACCUGGACAAGCACUGUGGUGUCCUGGACCCGGAGAGGAAGAAGCUCUGCACCAGGCUGCUGACCUGCAAUAUCCACUCCAUCCACCAGCGCCGUAAGGUCCUGGGGAGGAGCAAGAACUUCGACCAGCUUGUGGCAGAGCUAAAGAUGAGCUCCAAGGCUCGCGAGCAGACUGUCCAAGCCAAGGAGGAGCCAGAGGAGGGACCGGGCAGCCCCGACAGCUCUGGGGAGCCCAGCCGGAGGCCUCCCGCUGAUUGCACCCCUUUAAGGUCAAGGGCAUUAUGGGAGGGGGACACAGAAGAGGACAGGCCUGGCUGUGAGGAGAGGGAGGCUCAGCCCCCGGUGUCACCUCUGAGCCACGGGCGUCUCUCCAGCGAGGGCAGCGAAGGGGAGGGCACCGAGGAGCUGCCUGAUUGGCAUGGCAUGCCCUGGCACCCAAAACCUAUCGGGCUGUGCACUUUCGGAAGCCGCACUCUCGGCCCGGGCCUGUUCACCUUCGACCGGCGGCUCCUCCGCUUGCGGUCGGCCCUCAGUGCCAUGGUGGAGCAGCAUCUCGGCGCCCCCCUGUGGAGGAAAAUACCUCAAACGCCGGAGCCGCAGGUCCAGCGGAGCGUGACCUCUAACGCGGCAGCUGGGCUGGCUGCCAGCUCGCUCUCUCUCAGGACGUCCCCCGCUAGUAGCCAGGUGGUGACGCCACCCCGCCCCGCCCAUGGCUCUCAGACUACGCUCCCCGGCUUGAGCCGCCCCCGAAACCCUGUGGGCCGGCCCAGUAAGCAGCAGGGACGGCAGCGGGAGGUGGAGCGCAAGAGGAGGGCUUCCCCGCAGGGAGACCAUGCUUCAGCUAAUGACAGGAACUGUGUGCUCCAGGAACGGGGCAGGACACCCGACCCCACUCGGACCACCCAUGCCCCACACGGACUUGCCAAUGGCACGCUGUCACCGGGCAAUAAACCACGCCCACAGGCCACACCCACAGAGCCCCAUUCGUCCUCCCUGGGGUUAUUAAAGCGAGCCCCGCCCCCUGACCACACCCCCCGAGGCCCUGCCCUUCACAGCAGGACAAGCGGCCAUGAGCACAAGGGCCCCGGCCCCGGCCGCAAGCGCAAAGCCGGACUACCCCCACCCUCCAAACCCCCACGCCCAUCCACGGCCCCCCUACAUCCUGGCUUUUUCACAUGGAGAAAGGAGGGGAAGAACCUGGAGCCCAAGCUCAGCGCGCAGAAGCCAAAACUGCACCACUGACAGUGCCUCUCCAGUGAGCCACAAGGAGUGAAGCGUUUGGGAGUCUGCUGCCACUGACUGCUGGAAGGGAACGGAGGAGCACGUUUGUGUGGGUGCGUGAGUGAGUGAGUGAGUGUGAGUGUGUGUGAGUGAGAGAGAGAGAGGGGGAGAGACAACAAAUGGACUUUCAAUGACCUGUGUAUAAAUGAUAGAAAUACCUCAGAAAAUUACCUGUUAUGCUGCUAAACGGAAGCCGAUUUCUGGAAACGGAUUAAAUCCUCCUUAACACUUGAAGUCCCAAGCUUUUUCUCUUUGACAUUUAUUAUGAAUUUUGCUUUGGGGAUUAUUUUUUCCCCUCCUGGCAUUUUUUAAUAAGGAUGGACAAUGUCUACAGUCUCUUACAGCCUUUACCUAAAAUCUCAAGCAAAAUUACAGUGGGACCAAGCCCUGGGUUAAGGAGUUAUGUGUUAUGUUUUCUGACCUGUCUUUUGUUAAAUAAAAUAUUUCUGUAUUUA